AUGAAGCGAUGUUAAUCUUCAAUAACUUUCAUUAAUCCAUAGUAAAAACAGAGAAUAAAACAAAAACCCUCUUCAUCAUAUUCUGUUAAUCCUUGCCUACAACCUCUAGAACAAACACUUAAAAAAUACUAAAAUUUUAGUUUAAUUUAUCUAAAUAAAAAGGAUUUCUUUUAUCCAUACUGUCAUAAAAGAUUGUGUCUUUUUGGGAACUCUCAUUAUUCUUCUGAAUAAAAUCUUAAGUAAUAAAAUAAUCUUAUACUUCCCUAAAAAAAACAAUCCGUUCCUCCAUUAAAACUUAAUAACAAUAAUUCUAAUAUUUAGAAAAUUCAAUAUCAAUCCAAUACUGAUAGAAUAUAUAUGAAAUUAACUCAUAGAAAUAUCAAAAAUUUAAUUUGUGAAUCAAAUUAUUCGAAAAAUGCCAAUACUUCUCGCCAAUGUUAAUAAAAUUGA